AUGGUCAAAGCAGUUGCCGUCCUCCGAGGAGACUCCAAGGUCACCGGCCAAGUCACCUUCGAGCAGGUUGAUGAAAACUCCCCUACAACCAUCAGCUGGAAUCUCAGCGGUCAUGAUGCCAAUGCCGAGCGGGGCUUCCAUAUCCAUCAGUUCGGUGACAACACCAAUGGCUGCACCAGUGCUGGCCCUCACUACAACCCUCACGGAAAGACACACGGUUCUCCCACCGACUCUGAACGCCAUGUUGGUGAUCUAGGCAACAUCAAGACCGAUGCUCAGGGCAACGCAAAGGGUAGCGUUACCGACAGCUUGAUCAAGCUGAUCGGCGAGCAGAGUGUCCUGGGCCGCACCGUCGUCUCUCACGCUGGUACCGAUGAUCUCGGCAAGGGCGGGAACGAGGAGAGCAAGAAGACUGGCAACGCUGGCCCCCGACCUGCAUGCGGUGUCAUUGGCCUCGCCGCAUAA